AUGGGUGAUUCUCCGACACGCAAUGGGAUCAUAAACCUGUGUAUUUGGGAACUCGCUACCAGCAUCCACCCCAGUUUCUUGAAGUUUUUCGGUUACAACCAAAGGCUGUUGGAGGUCGCAGUGAGCGAUCCUAGAGCACCAAGAGAGCUACACACCUAUUCUGUUGUCCCAAUACUAGAUUGCCGGGAACUAAUUUGGAGUAUGAUGAGUGAAAUCUCUGCGAGUGGCCUUAGCAACGAACAACGAACACUUUUUGCAAGACUUUUUGCGGUUUAUUUCAAUAUCUUUCAACGAUUAUGCCUGCCUAAAGUGGGAGAAAUUCACAUGGACAACCGAAGCGCUCUCCUUCAUGACAUCAAGAUCGCAGCAUUCAAUUUGGUAUUCAUACAUACCCUUGAAAUAUUCUGUUUCUUUACCAAACACACAACAGCGUCAGCCUCGGAAGAUCUCGAAGAUGAUUUUCUGCAGUGGGCAGAAUCAAAUCCUUCUUUUCUAAAAUUCGUGAAGCAUUUGGUGCCUACAUUUGAGCAGCUUUUGUGUCACAUUCAAAAGAUCUACGAACCCACGACCUGGAAGAAAUGGCUGAAGAUUAGAUUCGGACCCAAACAUCAAAAUGACAAGGUCAUGAGCAUGAAAUCCUGCGCGAAAGGGUUCAGAAAAACGAUACCAGCGCAUUUUCCAUUCUCCUUAUGGAGAAGUCUCGAGAAGACAAGAGCGUGUGAAAAUGAAGACGACCUACAAAUUGGGAAACUGACGAACAACGACGAAGUCGGUGAAAGCGAAUUGCAUGGUGGGAGUUUCCACGGUCGGGAAGAUGACGAGAGCUCCUAUGACAUCGAAGAAAGCCACUGUUACGAUUGUGGUAAAGGAGAAGAGAAUCUUGAAGACCGCAGCGAGGAGGAUGGCCAGCCUCCACCGGUGCGAGCAAGGGCUGGCGUCUACCAUCGGCGUUCAGUCGCCACGCUUUUGGCCCUUAUAAUCUGGUGA